UACUUUUAUAAAUACAACAUAACGGAUCUAAGCUUUUUCAUUGAAGGAUUGUUUCAUUUCUUCUUCUUGAUACAAAAAUAUUUGUUAAAAUGAAUGUUCAAGGAAUAAUAGUGAAGGAAAAGAAACAUUAUUCAACAUCAUCAUCAUCAUCAUCAUCAUCAUCCAUUGGAACAUUUUCAGAAGAUUCAAUGAAUUCUUUAUGUUCUUGUUCAUCUGAGUUGAUAGAAGAUGCUGAUUCAUCUUCAACUUCAUCAUCACAUUCAAAUGGAUCUUUAUGUGACUUCUCAGAGCUCAUGAACAAUCUUCCUAUAAAGAGAGGGUUGUCAAUGUUCUAUCAAGGGAAGGCACAAUCAUUCACUUGUUUAGGUGAGGUACAAAAGAUAGAAGAUCUUCCAAAGAAAAGCAUGUCAUACAAUAAGAGAAUGAAGUCAUAUAGAAGUUAUGGUGGAGAUUUGGAUAGUCAUAGAAUAUGGUAUAGUCCAAAAGCUACAAUAUCAAAAAAGACAUCAAGAGUGACUUUUCCAUCUGUAUUAAGUAAAAAAGGGAGUUUCUUAGAAAGGUCUAGGGCCUCUAGGCCUUCCAUUUUUGUACAUAAGAACUACUGAAGUCCAAUUAAUUAGAGAGA